AUGCCGGACGAUUCCUUUGUGAUUGAUCAUAAAUUAUCGUACAAUGAUUUGGUUGGACUGAUUUGUGAAAGAGUGGGGUGGAAUAGAAAGAAUGUGAAUUUGAGUCUAUCGAUUUUGUAUGAUACGAUGCGCAAUGGUUUUAGGCGUAUCGCCAAAAUCAAGGACGACGCAUCGUUGCAAGUGUUGUAUUUCCUCCCAAGUUCGACAUAUAUUGAUUUGUAUGUAGAUUUGGAGGUGGCGGGUACUUCUAGGUCCCAUUUGGAAGUAGGGACAACUAGUGGUAGGCCGAAUGUGGAGAAUGUCGAUUACAUGGAAGAUGAUGAUGUGGGUGGACCGUUUAUGGAGGAUGGCGAUCACAUGGAAUAUAAUCACGGUGAAGAUGAUGAGGACUACACAUCGAUAAGUGAUCAAAGCGAUGAAAACCAAUCAAUAUCCGAAGGAAGUCGGGAGAGUGAUGAAGAGGUCGAAGACAAAUUCGCCACAAAGGAUAGGCACAUAUAUCGUUCACAUGGUACAUGGGAUCAUACAAAAGUGGACAAGGAUGAUUUUCAACUUACUAUGUGGGACGGGACAACCGCAACAAUUGGGAUAGGGACUUGUUUCAAGAAUAAGGAAGAAGCAAAAAAUGGUACUGCAGCGUGGAACAUAGAGCAAAAGAGAGAGUUUUAUGUGAAGGAAAGUGAUGGUUCAACAUGGUAUAUUUUGUGCAAAUCCCUAAAAGAGUCAACCCCUAAGGGUUAUGUUCCUUGCCGUUGGAAGGUACGUGCCUCCUUGAGAGACCACGGUUUGUGGGAGAUUGUGAAAUGGGUGCCCGAGCACAAUUGUAUGAAUGUCACUGAGGAAAACAAUAAUCGGAAUGUGAGCGCAACGCUUAUUGCGCAUCUCAUAAGGCAUAAGGUUGAGUUGGACCCAGAUUAUGAAGUGAAGCUCGUUCAGGAAGAAGUGAAAGACCGUAUGCAUGUCAAUGUUCCUUACCACAGGGCAUGGGAGGGAAGGAGAAAAGCUACCGAUCUUGUUUACGGCGACUGGGUUUCCAAUUUUGACAUACUUCCAAGGGAUCAGUUAUCUAGCCUAAGGGAUGGGGAUUUUCUAUGGACUCCAUACACUCCCUUCAUCGACGAUCUCCCUGAUUUCUAUAAAGAGGGGGUUAAUUUCUACCUCUGUAGGACGUGGAUCUUUUGUUGGGCCAUCAGAGAACCAUACGAGCCCAAUCGGGUCCUUCGUCAAUUUCAAUGCGUCCAAACUGUGCCAAAGUACCCGUUAAUCAAUGACAUUGAUCGCUGGAAUGCGAUACACCACGGAUGCCUUGGGACUGGAAAGGCAUAUGAUGAUUGGGUGCAAAAACACACUGAGGUACGACCUCAUUGGAAUGUGAGAGAUCAGCACGUGGUCCCUCAUGAAUUGGGUGAUCCGGAGCUAGGUCCUCAAUGCACAUCGGACUACAUGCCAUGGUUUCAAAAGAAGACUAUCAGAUUUAUGACUGAUCCCACUCAAUACGGCCCUCUGGCACAGGGUUAUCACUCGUCUUCAUCUCUGGAGAGAUUUUAUUCUUCAAAUCUCAGCGACAUAUAUCAUCUCGCUGAUGCAGCCUUAUGGGAAAAUCCAAGCCUCGGUGGUAGUCUAGAGGAUAAACUCUUCCAAAUCUUCGACAAGAGUUUCAGUGCCCUGACUUUGGGCCCAUGUGAUAUGAGCACUCAGUCCGAUACUCAAGUUCUUCAGAAAAGACCCCCUGAGUCAAGUCAAAAUGUGGUACUCACGCAGAAAACAACAUCGAAGCCUACUGGAGGAGGAAGGAGGAAGCGACCGGGAAUUUCAGAUCGAACAAUCAUAGUUCAUCCCAAUCCAACUCCGAUGCAAGAAGAUGAAAAUGAUGAAGGCAAUGAAAGCGAUGAGGAUUACUACAUUAGGGGCGAAGAAGAAGAAGAAGAAGAAGAAGAAGAGUCCUGUCCACCUCGUGUUUCUUCCCAAAAGAAAAAGAAAACGGUCGAGGUUCGCAAGAGUGAUAGGUCCCGUUUUAUCAAAAUUCUUCUAUCACCAGCAGUUAUCGAUGGUCUUCUUUCCCUUGUCGAUGCCACGCCGCCACCAUUUCCUUCUCUCCAAACACAGGCAUUGAUCUCUGUCGAUGCUGCUAUUGGCGCCUCCUCUUCCGCUGUUGUCUUCAAUUGCCGCCGGUCUCUUCUGCUUCGGCCGUUGGAGAUGACGUCAAUUAUGUGA